UUGUGUCUGGCCCGGUUUUACACGAACGUGUCGCUUAGCCCGAUUGGACCUGAGACGGAAGGUCAGAGCUGACCAGGCUGAACGUGUAUGAGUUAGAAGUAAACGUGCUUAACUAGCUUAGCUCGGAGGGCAGAUUAGAGAUAAACGGCCUUCAGUUUGGUCACGUGGGAGUCAUGUGGCCACAGAUGUGUCCAGCUGUUUCGGUGUUGGAGUUAUUUCAACAUCCAAUUAGAAAACGUUUAAAUGUAACUUUAAUAUUCAGGUGUUUUAUUUGAGCCUCUGCGUCCGGAUGACGUCAGCUGUUUGAGGCGACACGCCCCUCUCAGACAUGCGAGGACAUGUCCCUCCAGCCUGGCUACGUCACUACUGUUAUCUAACCGCACCAGCACCCCUCCCUCUGGCUCAGGGGUUGGGUAACUCUGGAAGUAGAUUUACUGCAAAAACCCGUGGGGUUGUGUGGGCCCGACGGCCCCGGCCUGCCCCCUGACGGAGGUGAUGAGCGAACAGCUGGCCACACAGCUGGAGGAAGACAACAGCAGCUUCUCUGCUCUCACCGGCCCAGAGGUGGACCUGCUGCUGGAGGACGGUCCCGACACCACCAGUGACCUGAUGCUGGCCCAGAUGCUGCAGAUGCAGUUUGACCGAGAGUUUGAUGAUCAGCUCCGUCGGGAGGAGAGGAAGUUCAACGGAGACAGUAAAGUGUCCAUCUCCUUUGAGAACUAUCGGAUGGUCCAUCCCUAUGAGGACAGCGACAGCUCGGAGGACGAGGUGGACUGGCAGGACACGAGACACGACCCGUACCGAGCCGACAAACCUCAGACCACGCCCAGGAGGGGCUUCAGCGGGAAGGGGAAGAACAUCACCACCAAACAUGACGAGGUGGCCUGUGGACGCAAGAACACGGCCCGGAUGGACAAUUUUGCUCCAGAGGUCCAGGUGGGAGAUGGUCUGGGGAUGGACCUGAAGCUGUCCAACCAGGUCUUCAACUCUCUGAAGCAGCACUGCUACAGCGAGCAGAGACGCAGCGCUCGGCUCCAUGAGAAGAAGGAGCACUCCACCGCCGAACAAGCCGUGGACCCGAGGACCCGUCUGCUGAUGUACAAGAUGGUGAACGCCGGCGUGCUGGAGAACAUCAACGGCUGCAUCAGCACCGGGAAGGAGUCGGUGGUGUUCCACGCCGAUGGGGGCAGGCUGGAGGAGGAGCCCGUACCAGGUGAGGUGGUCCUCAAGGUGUUUAAGACCACGCUGAACGAGUUUAAGAACAGGGACCGCUACAUCAAAGACGAUUACCGCUUCAAAGACCGUUUCAGCAAACUGAACCCCAGGAAGGUGAUCCGGCUGUGGGCGGAGAAGGAGAUGCACAACCUGUCCAGGAUGAAGAAAGCUGGACUUCCGGUUCCAGAUGUGGUUCUGCUGAAGAAACACAUCCUGGUGAUGUCGUUCAUCGGGAAGGACCACGUUCCGGCUCCGAAGCUGAAGGACGUGACGCUGAGCUCCGAGGACAUGAAAGCCGCUUACUACCAGGUGUUACAGCUGAUGCAGCAGCUGUAUCAGGAAUGUCACCUGGUCCACGCUGACCUCAGUGAAUACAACAUGCUGUGGUACCAGGAGAAGGUGUGGCUGAUAGACGUGAGUCAGUCCGUGGAGCCGACUCAUCCUCACGGGCUGGAGUUCCUCUUCAGAGACUGCAGGAACGUUUCCACGUUCUUCCAGAAGCGAGGCGUGGGCGACGUGAUGAGCGUCUACGAGCUUUUCAACGCCGUGACGGGGCUGAGUGUCCCGGUUGGAGCUGAGGACGAGGCGGAUUUCAUGUCGGAGAUCGUGGCUCUGGAGAAGCGGAACGAGGAUCACAUCCAGAAACGAGGAAAGAAAUCGUUCCCGGUGACCUCUGAGGAUGGAGGUCCUCCUCUAAAACCGGACACUGACGACUAACGCCGCCCUCGUCACCAUCUGCUGUGUUCUGGAGACGAGGAGGAGGCUUUGGUUCCUCCACACCUGUCCGCUAACCCCACCCUCCUCCAACUGAGGGCAGAGUGGAACACCUCCUUCAGGCUGUAGGAGGAGAAGACUCCCUGAUCAGGAUGGUGGGUCCAGCUGGGACGUCAUCAUGUCCUCCUGCUUUACUGCUGCGUGUUUGUGUGAAGCUGCGAGUCAGGAAGUUUGUUCAGAUUAAUAAAAUAAUCUAAGUCAGAGGUGUUUGUGUGUGUGUGUGUGUGUGUGUGUGUGUGUGUGUGUGUGUGUGUGUGUGUGUGUGUGUGUGUGUGUGUGUGUGUGAGACCCUGCAGUGGUGUUUCUUCGGGGCGUAGAGGAUCUUCUGUUAGAGGAAAAUCUGAUGUUUUUAUUUUGAUUCAAUAAAACUUAAACACGAA